GGUGCGCCAUCUUCAGUCAAGCAGUGGCUGCCAGUGUGGUGAGGCGUUACCCCGCUCAUCCUCCCUCAUACCUCCCUCUCUCUCUCUCCAUCUCUACUGACAACGCCGUUAUGAUCAUAUCCAGGAUAAGAUAGAUCCCCAGGCUCUUAGUCUCGAGGCCUGUUUAAGUGAGCGGCAUCCAGUGGAAUAGUUGUGGCCGUUUUUAUUUAGUGGGAAGAAUUGCGCAGGGUGAUACGCUCAAGCUGGCCCAGUUGUUUGCAAGUGGUUUAGUUAUCUUGUAUGAAAAACAGAUAGUUGUUAUCGCACGCCGCAGGGACUUCACCGAAAAGUACAGCAUCCAUCUCAGUCCUACAGAUCUACUAGGUUGCGACCGCGACCCCCGGGCGCCAUGACGGACUUGUGUACCACCAUCCUCCUCACACUCGCUCUCCUACACGUGAGCGUGGCCCAGGAGCCGUCGCUCGAACUCCUCCCUAGCAACAUCCUGAAGCCGCUGGGUGAUGGCGUCUACAUCUCUUGCACCGCCAACGUCGAUGACCCCGGCCUGGUCACCGAGAUGACGUGGACGGGGCCCAACGGAGAGAGGAUCCCCAACGCUGACGGCACGAUCAACACACUUGAGGGCAUUGGAGGCCCUGGCAAACUAGAUCUGAUGAUUCAAAAUCUUCGUGAGCAAGAUACAGGAAUUUACAACUGUACUGCCACUUACGCUGGUAAUCAGAAACUCUCGGCUGGCCUGGCCGUAGAAGCAUAUAUGGACAUUCAUUUUGGAGAUACGCCUGUGCACCAAACACCGUUUAUUAACACAGAAUACAAGAUUCGGUGCACUCCAGUUGCCAAGCCUGCCCCACAGGUUGAUUGGCUGAAGGACCUUGUACCAUUAAAAAAUAAUGAAAAUUAUAUCAUCCAGCAGGAUGGUGUAUUGAUAAAGAGAGUCACAGAAGCAGAUGAAGGUAUAUACCGUUGUCGUGCUCGUGUGCCUGAACUAGGCUCCAUUGAAUAUAGAGACAUUCAGGUGGAAGUGUUCAUACCCCCAAGAAUUGAAAAUCCCCCGAAGGACACAAAAGGGGUUGAAAAAGAUUCUGUUACCUUCCAUUGUGGAGCCAUAGGAAAGCCAGCGCCAUCAUAUUCUUGGGUUAACAAGGAUAAUGAACCACUAAAGGAGAAAGAGGAUUAUUUUAUUGAUAGUGACAAGGGUAUUCUGACAAUCAUGGCCCUACGACCCGAGCAUUCUGGUGUCUACCGGUGCACAGCAAAGAACCCUGCUGGAGAAGAUCACGCAUCAGCUCAACUGCAGGUUCUCACCAAACCAAAAGUGGAACAGUAUUUAAAUAUUACUAAUGCUGUUGAUGAUGAGGCAGAGAUGAGGUGUAUUGCUACUGGUGACCCUCUCCCAGAAAUUGUCUUUCGGAAAGAGACGAAUAAUCAUCCUUUUCAGAAUGGAAUAAAUGAAGAUGACAGAAUUGAGGUGCAGCAAACGACUGAUGAUCAGGGUCGUCGUGUUGGCAUCCUGAAGAUCCGAGGAGUAAUACGUUCUGAUGAUGGCCUCUACACUUGCACAGCAAGUUCAGAAGGAGGAGACACACAAGUUUGGGGACAUAUCACAGUUGAAUUUAAACCAUCGUUUGAAGAACAGCUAUACAAAGAGUUAUGGUCUUGGAAGCAACAACCUGUCAACCUAACCUGCCUUGCAACUUCUAUUCCCAAUGCAACAAUACAGUGGUAUCUUCGUAAUGAAGAAAUUAGUGCAAAUGAUCAAAACCUUCAAGUUCUAAGCAUCAGCCCACUUGGUGUUCUCAGAGUUAAUCCUGUCACUACCAGUUACUUUGGUGAUUACACCUGUGAAGCUACUAAUCGUCUGGGAAUUGCAAAAAUGAGUUUAGAACUGAAAGAAGCACAUGCUCCAGGACCAAUUUCCAAUGCCAAGGUAGAGAAGAAAACAGCAACCACAGUCACAUGGAGUAUUAUAGACCCAAUGGAUGAUGGUGGACUCCCAAUUCAGGGUUAUGUUGUUGAAUACCGGCUCCAGGAUUUAUCCUGGGAUGAUUCUAAAAGUAGCUAUUGGACGAAAGGUUCAUCAUACACUUUGGAUGGACUAAAGCCACAAGAGACGUAUAUUUUCCGCUUUGCUGCUCGUAGUGAAGUUGGUGAUGGUGAAUGGAGUAGUGAAAAGAGUGAACUAAUGCCAAGACGAGCUGCACCAGAAGAGCCUCUGAUCUUCAAUGUUGAUAAACCAGUGACUGAAAUUCCUUACCCAGACCAAUAUAGGCUGCAUUGGCAGGUGCCUCUGGACAAUGGGGAAAAAAUUGAUUUCUUCCAGAUUAUUUAUUACCAGGUACACAAUGUAUCAGGAACUUGGGAAAAUGCUGGGACAAAGACGACAAGACAGGUAGAACAUCCAGGCGAAACCACCUACACCAUCGAGAACCUGCGCAGUAACUCCUAUUAUAGGAUUGAACUACGAGCGCACAACGAAAUUGGCUUUUCAACACCUGCUGAAGCAGUUAUCAAGACUGCUAAUGAUCCAUCGGCAGUGACAGGUACCAGGUCGGGGCCGUCCGUGCAGUACAGUAGCGUUGCCCCUUCCACCAGUGCCCCCGCCCACGGCCCCAAUGCUGAAGAAGCCAUGAAAUCAGAUCUUGGAAUUGGUAUUAUCGUCGCAAUUGUAGUCAUCGCAGUACUCAUCAUAGCUGUGGUUGUCGAUGUGACUUGCUUUUGUACAAAUAAUGCUGGUUUAACUGCAGCUGUUCUCAGGAAGCGAGGAGCAAAAGAUAAAGAUAAAGAAGCAAUGCUUGAGGAUGGGAAAAAUGCCAGUGCUGAUACUCUCAACGAAGAAUCCACGGAUGAAACUAAAACCAUCGAUGAAAAACCAAUCCCAGAGAAGGAACUUCAGAAACCUUCAGAGAAAAAAGUAGAAACUAAGUCUGAGAAAGAGACUGAUGAUAUACUUGAGGAAAAUGGUCAAAUGAAGCCACAGAAGGAAGAUGGCAUCAAGCCAGAACAACAGGCCCCUGAGGAGAAAAUCAAGGACACCACUGAACCUACAGAAACAACACCCAUGAUUCAAGGACAAGAUGUCAGCGACAAAAAUCGAGGUGUUCUAGCCUGUCCCCAAAAUGUACUGACUGAACAGGAUAAAAGACAGGCAAAUGAACAAUUGCAGUUGCUUGCUAUUAGGAACUCAAAUAAUAUACGCAUACAGACAACUCAACCCAGAAUUGUCAACGUAUUUCCCAAAAAAAAUGCAAAACAGAAGGAUGCUUAUGGAUUAAAUAGCCAACCACUAAAUAUAGCAAUGGCUCUUGAGAAUCCAAUGAACAAAAGUGGUUUGAAGAAGAACAGUAAAAGUACUCCCAUCUUGGAUAAAUCCAUCUCAGAGGAUUCGAUAUAUGCUGUUCCACUGCAAGACCAGGUUACUUAUGGGCAACAACCAUCUAAUGCAAAACAUUUAUCUAGUGAGGUCAAAACUAAGCCACCACCUCCACCUCCUAGAAAUCCUGACACCUCUCUUGCUGUUAGACACAGGUCAAGAAGCCAAGAGAUCCUAUCUGGUAACCACCAAAAUCAACAAAUCAACAAAGAUGCACUAAUUCAUGAACAUGAAGGUUACUAUGCAUCAGGAAGGAUGGGGGCUAAUUUUCAAGGAUCAAGAAGGCCUUUUUAUCUGUCAAGUAGUAGGGAAGCACUUAAUCAGGGAUCAUAUAGUCCUUAUAUUUCAAAAAGCAAAGAAUCACUGUAUCAAGAAGCAGAAAAUCCUUACUAUAUGUCAUUAAGCAGAAAUGAAUUAAAUGAAAGCUCAGCAAGUUCCUUUCAAAUGUCUGCAAAUAGGAAAGCACAGAAGCAGAAUGUAACAAACCAUUCAGCAAACAGAAGCACACUUGACCAGGAAAUAAGAAAUCCAUAUUAUGAGGUAAUAAGUAAAGAAGCUCUGAACAAAGAAGAAAAUCCAUAUUAUAUGCCAGAAUGCAGUGAGGAAUUUAAUACAGGACCAAGAAAUCCUUAUUACAUACCAGAAAGCAGAGAAUUUCUCACUCAGGACUCAGAAAUGCCUUAUCAAAUGUCAUCAAGUAGGGAAGCACUGAAUCAGGAGUACAGAGCACAUAAUGAAAGAACAAAACAUCUUCACAUGUUAGCUAAUGAGGAAGCUCUAAAUCAGAGGCCAAGGAAUGUACAAAACAUGAAUAGGUCACCCAGUGAAAGUUCAUCAAGCACUUUGUAUCAGCCUUUGAAUACUUCUCAGAACCAAGCAAAAACUAGAGUUGCAUAUGAAAUUGCACCUUAUGAUGAUCCAGUCAGCAUGAGCUCUACGAGCAAACACAUUGAUACUGUCAGUGUAUCACAACAAAGAAAAUACCAAGUCCCACCACCGCAUGUUCUUUCAGGUAUUUCUCCAGCAGUGUCCAUUAAUAGGCCAACUGUGCUACCACCCAGUAUACCUAUAGAAUCAUUUAGUAUUCCAUCCCCAUUGACAUCAAAGAUACCCUUAGCAUUACCUGCAUUACAAAAGCUAAAUGAUAAUGGAUCUCCACUGAAAACAGUAACAAAGGUUUACUUGCGAGAUAAUUCAAAACCACCAAGUCAUAGUCAAAGUAUGGAUAAUUUAGAUGAAGCACAUAAUUCUUCAUCAGCAAGAGGAAUUUCUUCCUUCAGUCCAGCAUCAAUAACCUCAGCCAAGUCCCUUGGAAGUCUGAUACAGUCAACCCCAGGUCUGCGGUCAUAUGGUCAACCCACUCACAUCUAAACCUGUGCAUGCCAAAUAAUAGGCUUCCAUUUUCUGUGAUAAAGAUGAUAAGGAAGCCAUCUUGAAAGAGGAACAAAAGGAUAAAGAACAAGAAAAGCUGAAGAAAAGUGAAUCCAAGAGCAGUAUGACAAAGGACUCCCCAGUGUAGAUCUCCACACAAUUCUAGUCUAA